AAGCUCCGAAAUUAUUCGCCCACUUUUACUUUCUUUAACCAUGGAAAUACCCAUGCACAGACGCGCCCCGAUUCAUCUACUUUCACACUCGCUGCUGCUCCGAUCUUCUCCCUCCCAAAAUUUCCCAAUUUCACUCUCUCUUCUAAUUAUGCCCUAUUUCUCCUGUAAUCCCUCCUUUCUCUCUACAGCUCUCUCGCUUGAGUGGCCUGCUAAACUUCAUAUUUGCCACUCUUGGUAAGUUCAACAAUUGGGAAGGCUGCACUUCUAGUUUGCUGGUGUUGGCAAUGCCUCCCAAUCCUAAAGUUGCAAAAGCCUUUCGUGCUAUGCGGGAUCUUGGAAUUUCUGAAGAGAAAGUGAAACCAGUCUUGAAAAAUCUCUUGAAACUGUAUGAUAAAAAUUGGGAUCUUAUUGAAGAGGAAAAUUAUAGAGCUCUUGCUGAUGCUAUAUUUGAUAGUGAUGAAGCAGAGGCUGCAAAAAGGAAGAAGGAGCUUGAGAAUAGCAAACAACAACGAGCUGUGAGGGAACAAGCCCAAGAGCCAGAUGACCUUGGACGACCUUUGAAAAAGUUGCGCUCAAAUUACCAAGGGCAACCUUCAGAGUGGCACAAUAGCUCUACUCUCUUGGCUGCGACUUCUCUCAUAACCCCCAAAGAUGAGCCAGUUGAACUACCUGAAGAGCAGCCUGAGAACCAGAAGCCACAGAUGGUGAGCACAAAGUUAUUGAAUAAUGGAAACAGGAUGAUUGAGUCCCACCAUUUAUCAUGCCGAUCACUAGAGACGAAUAAAGGACAGCAACCUGUUUCACCUAAGCCUUUGACAUUCAGAGAAAGAACUGAUACAUCUCAGCCUGUUAGUAAUAACCAAAGCCAAAUGAAUAUGACAAUUGAAUCAGUUGCUGUUCCCCAUCCACCGAGUCUUGAAAACAGAGGGAAGGAGGCUUUGUCACCCCAUUGUAUUUCAGAGAAGAAAAUGUUGGAAUCUGAGAGAUCAUCCCAGGCGGUAUCCCAGGAGAAAACUGUUGGUCGUCAGAUUUUGGUGCAGCCAGAAGAAGAGCCAUUAGCUGGUGAUGCUCCAGUAUAUGAUCUUCAAGAGACAUCCAAAGAGGGAGUUUCUUCAAGGAAAAGCUGUUCAGAAAGAGUACCAAAUGGUUCUGUACCUUUAACAGCAGAACCCCAAGUAGGACAAGAUACGAGUAAUGGUGCUGCUGCAAAGGUCUCGGAUAAAUCAUCUUCUCAGCUGGAGAUUGCUUCGUCAUCCUUGGGAGACGUGAAAAUUUGUUUGAGCUACAAUAUUUCUCCCCAAAGACCUGAUUUUCAUGUGCCUAGUUUAGCUGCGGUAGUUAAGUUGGUCGAGGAAAAGUAUCUCAAAUCGUACAAAAACCUGGACGCAAACUUCUCCCUCAUGAAGCUAAUGGAGGACAUGUGUGCGGGUGUUGUGGAACUAGGUUUUGACUCUUGUAAUAAAUCAGCAGAAACGACUUUAAAAGAUAGUGGAGGAUGGGGGGAAGCGGGAAAGCAGCUAAGAUCUUCUUUUGAUGGGCCUGAUUGUUUGACUAUCUUCAGGGGGAAUUGUUUGUUAAGAUCAUUUAAGAACUCAGGUUCUUCUCAGCUCUUCUGUGACUUUAAGGGGUCUGUUGACAUUAUUCUAGUUCUCUGCAUGGUACCAGCACCUUUUUGGACUUUACCACUUACUGAUGGUAAUGUUUGGUGUCAUACUAUUCACCUCUGGCAUGUGGUCACAUUACUUUAUGCUGGAUUGGAUGAGAUCCAUACAUCAUCUAUCACGGAGGUGAUUUUCAGCCAUGAGGAGGGAGCAAAAAUGAGGGGUUGCAGCAGGAUCAGUGGGUUUGUGGUGGUCUUCUGGGUUGGAGGGGCGGAGGGUGAGUUUGAGGGGAUGGGUGUGGGGGAGAUGGUAGUGGAAAGGGUUGUGAGGAGUAGGAUUGAGGGUGGAGAUGAGGUUGGUGUAGCAGAAGGGGUUGAGAGAAUGGGAUUGAGGGUGAAGACGGGGUUGGUGGCUCACGGGAGAGGGGAGAGGUGGGGUGGAGUGGUGGUGGUGGUGGCUCAGAUGGGUCUGUUGGUAGAGUUGUUUGAUAUUCAUAUGGAAAGCACUGGAUAUCCUGCUCUAUCUCAGUGUAAAUGCCUCUUUCAUCUUAGCAUUUCAAUCCUUUUUGCUGCUCAUUUGAUGCUUGGGCAUUGGAGAGGCUGCUCUUGUAAUCUGCUGGUGUUAUCAAUGCCGACCAAUCCUAGAGUUGCAAAGGCCUUUCGUGCUAUGCGAGAUCUUGGAAUUGCUGAAGACAAAGUGAAACCGGUCUUGAAAAAUCUCUUGAAGUUGUACGAGAAAAAUUGGGAUUACAUUGAAGCUGAAAAUUAUAGAGUCCUUGCAGAUGCUAUUUUUGAUAAUGAGGAAGCGAUGGUAAAUCAGGCUGCACAAAGUAAGAAGAAGCUUGAGAGUUCUCAAGAACCAGUAACGGAGGAAGAAGCUCAGGAACAGGGUGAGCCCGCACGACCUUUAAAAAGGUUGCGCUUAAAGUACCAGGGGCAAGCUUCAGAGUCAUGCAAUAAUUCUAAUCGCUUGGCCGGGACACCUCUCAUAAUCCCCAAGGAUGAGCCUGUUGAACUACCUGAAGUUCAUCCCCAGAGACAGUUGCGAAGCAUGGUGGGCUCAACACCAACACACAAUGGACAUAGGAGUAUUGAAUCUCAGCAUCUAUCACGUGAGUUACUUGAUAGAAGUAAAGGAAAGCAACCUGUUUCACCUAAGUCUUUGACAAUCCAAGAAAGAACUCGUACAUCUCAUCAUGUUAUUGCUAAUGAAAGUGAAACAAAUAUCCCAAUGACUGUUGGAUCAGGCACCGCUCCCCAUCAAAUGAGUCUUAGAAAUGGGAGGAUGGGGGCUCUCUCACCCCAACCUGCUUCUGUGGAUAAAAGGUUGGAGUCGGAGCGGUUGUCUCAUAAAGUAUCCAAAGAGAAGACUGUUGGUGUUCAGAGUCUGGUUCAGCCUAAAGAAGAGCCAUUCACUUGUGAUACACCAGUGUUUGAUCUUCCUCUUGCUGUUAUCCAUCCAGAGACUUCAAACAGAGGAGACUCUUUAAGGGAAAAUAGUUCAAUAGAAGAACCACACGAUGGCUCUGAACCCCCUUUAAUAUUGGAACAUCCAGGAGGAAAAAGUGUGAGUGAUGGAAUUCCUAGUUUGUCAAGCGAGACCAGAGUGAACUCCCAGCUUUCAACAGUUGCAGAUGGAUCAUCUUCUCAGCUCCAGGUUGCUUCCUCACCCUUGGGAGAGGUGAAAAUCUCUUUGAGCUGCAAAAUUUCUCCUGAAAGACCUGACUUCCACAUGCCUAGUCUAGAUGCAGUAGUAAAGUUGGUGGAGGAUAGAUGUCUCAGAUCAUACAAGUUCUUGGACCCAAACUUCUCUGUCAUGAAACUAAUGAAAGACAUGUGUGAUUGCUUUUUGGAAUUAGGAACUGAGUCUUGUAGUGAAUCAGAAGGAAAUAUGCAAGUAUCACCUAGAAAUGAUGUACUUGAAAGCUUUCCUUCAGGGGAUCCUUUAGUUGGUGAAGGUGUGCAUUUCCAUAUGCCAGAUGGUUUAUAUAAUGCUCAAUCAGAGACUGAGGUUGUUUUCCCCAAAACUUUACAACUUUCUACACCUUGCACUGGGAUACAUGACUGUGCUCAACCUCAUCAAGAAGCUAGUCAGUGUAAUAGAAUUCAUGAGGAUACCGAACAGAAAGAUCUUGAUGACCUGAAUUGUAGGAGCUUGGUGGUUUGUCGGCAACAUGAGUUAACUCCAGAUCAGAUCCGUUAUCUUCAUGAUGUCAUUGACAUAAGUAAGGGGCAAGAGAGAGUGGUGAUUUCGUUAGUCAAUGAAAUAAAUAGUGAAUGCCCGCCAUCCUUUCACUAUAUUCCACAGAAUGCUGUCUUCCAAAAUGCAUAUAUGAACUUCUCUCUUGCCCGUAUUGGAGAUAAUAAUUGUUGUUCUACUUGUUGUGGUGAUUGUCUGUCCUUGUCUACACCUUGUGCAUGUGCACAUGAAACUGAUGGCGAAUUUGUAUAUACAGCCGAGGGACUUGUCAAGGAGGAGUUUCUUAACGAGUGUGUUUCUAUGAAUCGUAAACCUGAAAAGCACUGCCAGUACUUCUGCAAGGAAUGCCCAUUGGAAAGAUCCAAAAAUGAGGAUGUCAUAGAACCUUGCAAAGGCCAUUUAGUGAGGAAGUUCAUCAAAGAAUGUUGGUGGAAGUGUGGAUGCUCUAAACAGUGUGGCAACCGAGUCGUUCAGCGGGGGAUAACUCGCAAUCUGCAGGUGUUUAUGACAGAAGGAAAAGGAUGGGGAUUGCGUACUCUUGAAGACCUGCCAAAAGGUGCAUUUGUUUGUGAAUAUGUGGGUGAAGUUUUAACAAAUGCCGAACUCUUUGAUCGUGUCUCACGGAAUCCAAAGGGCGAAGUGCAUUCCUAUCCUGUUCUACUUGAUGCUGAUUGGGUUUGCGAAGGAGUACUUAAAGACGAAGAAGCUCUUUGUUUAGAUGCUACACAUUAUGGGAAUGUUGCAAGGUUUAUUAAUCACAGAUGUUUUGACUCAAACAUGGUUGAGAUUCCAGUUGAAGUAGAAACUCCUGAUCACCACUAUUAUCAUCUUGCCUUUUUCACCACAAAGAAGGUAAAGGCGAUGGAGGAACUUACAUGGGAUUAUGGUAUUGAUUUUGAUGACGUUGAUCAUCCGGUUAAGGCGUUUCACUGCCAGUGUGGCAGCAAGUACUGCCGGAACAUUAGACGUCCAAGUAGAUCCAGAUCUUCAUUAAGGAGAUGAACAUAUGGUCUUCUCCAUGACCAGUCUUUGAAUUGUGCCUCAAUCUUUAUUGGAAAAUCAUACAGGACAGAUCGGCACCGCCUUCAGCACCCAGAAAUUAACCUUGAAAGGAUCCAUGUGACUGGCUAUGUUUUGUAAAUGACCUAGUUUCUUUAAUUUUAUUAGACGUUUGUGGAGACAGUGAUUUUGAGUAGGCUUAUUCCAAUGAGCCAGUUGUACUUGGGAAGACUAAUUCAUGAACGUCUUUCUUUUGUUUUGUUUUGGGGGAGGGAGAUGCGAAUUUUGCCAUGGUUCGUUCACUGUCCUGUUCUUGUUGUAAAAAUUGACGUUUAAGUAUUUACCUUGUUGAGUAGUAGUAAAUCUACUGAAUGGUAGUUUUCUGUGCAAA